AUGGAUUCCCAAUUAUCGAAGCAGACUAGCCAGCCGAAGAAAAACUCAAGCUGGGGCAGUUGUCCAAGUACAUGGUUGGCAAGGAACCUUAGAGACAAGAAAUAUGUCGCAUUGAAAGUCUAUAUCCACAGCUUAGUAUUUCACCGUGAGCGCUGCACACUUGGACAUGGGAUAAUAACCGACCAGUGUGUACAACCUUGCAUUCGGUAUGCAGGAAAUCCCAUGCCUGGAAUCGAAGAGGCUGAUAUAUGCGGGUUCUUGAAACAGUACGAUAUGUCUGCCAGAUGGACCAGUGACUGUGAAAGAAUCGAAGAAUUGCCGAAUAUUCUCUCUCCCUGGAUGGACACUUGA